AUGUUUGCCAAGUUCUCCACCGCCGCCAUUCUGGCUCUUGCCAGCACUUCCCUGGUCGCUGCUCAGACCUCGACUGAGUGCAACCCCCUCAAGAAGGAUUGCCCUGCUGAUCCUGCCUUUGGCAAGGAUGGCAUGGACUGCGACUUCACCAAGGGCGAGUGCGAUGGCUUCAAGUCUCUGGGUACCAAGAUCACCUACGACGGCAAGGGCGCCACCUUUCCCAUGAGCAAGAAGGGCGACGCUCCCACGCUCCGCUCCGACAACUACAUUUUCUUCGGUCACGUUGAGGUUGAGGUCCAGGCCGCCGAGGGCAAGGGCAUCGUUACCUCGAUCGUUCUCCUAUCCGACGACCUCGACGAGGUUGAUUUCGAGACUGUCGGCGGCGACAACAAGCAGAUCCAGUCCAACUACUUCUCCAAGGGCGACGACUCCACCUAUAACCGCGGUGGCUUCCACCCCGUCGACAGCCCCCUGACCAAGUCGCACACGUACUCGUUCGACUGGACCGCCGAGAAGGUCGAGUGGUUCAUCAACGGCCAGUCGGUCCGUGUCCUCAAGGCCUCGGACGUCGGUGACAAGUUCCCCCAGUCGCCCAUGCAGGUCAAGGUUGGCGCCUGGGUCGCCGGUUACGACGGCAACUCCCCCGGCACCAUUGAGUGGUCUGGCGGUGUUGCUGACUUUUCCAACGGCCCCGCCACGGCCAUCUACAAGAGCGUCAAGGUGACCGACUACGCUGGCGGCUCCUCGGCCACGGACAAGAAGAUCAAGGAGUACGUCUACGGCGACCGCUCCGGCUCCGCCAAGUCGAUCCAGAUCAAGCUCGACGACGGCAGCUCCGGCUCUUCUUCAUCGUCUGCCAGCGGUAGCUCCUCGGCCACCGGAUCGGCUACCAGCUCCGCGACCGGCUCUGCCACCAGCUCGGCUGCCUCUAGCUCCGGCUCGUCGUCCUCUGCCACCUCUGCCACGACCCUGACCAGCGCCACCUCGUCUGCCGCCAACUCUACUGGCCAAUCCAGCACCCGCUCCGGCAGCAGCGCUACCGGCGGCAGCGCUCCUACCAGUGUCCCCAACGGCGCUCCCAAGGCCGGCCUCGCCCUUGGCGCCGUCGCUCUCGGUUUCAUCGCCGCCCUUGCCCUGUAA